GAUUUUUAAAAUAUUUCUGUACACAUUUGUUUUCGUGAUAAAUAAGGUACCAUAUAUGAUAAUUUAACCCAUAAAUAUCUCUUGCUCUCGUCGGCAUUAGAGACAACACGGUGAUUGCGAGGUUAACACUAAUGAGCACAAUGGGAAGAAUUGGCGCGGACUCCGUCCUGCCAAGGAUCGGUAUUCUUCAACGUCCGACAUGAAUGUGCAGUGUUUUGUGCUAUUUCGUUGUAUUUUUCCGACCUGCUUUUUCGAACAAGAGGAAUAAAGUCGUUUCCGCUGUGAGGUAGCUGAUGAGCGGCAACAAGGAAAUCGUUCGGUAAUUUCGCCAGAGUGAGUGCAGUUUCAGUGUGACAGAAAAAUGAGGGACAGUUCGUUUGCUGAGUUUUGCCAAUUGUACGAAGAAUAUAGAUCAGAAAGACAAGGAGAGAGGUUAAAUAAAGAGAUAGACCUUAUGUUUUUUCAUAAAGUGGUCUUUUUUUCAGCUAGCGCCGAUAUAGAUCACAGCGAUGCAGGCUGCAUCGGCGCAGAAGAGAGACUCAUCAGGCGGCGGGAAAAAAUCCUCAAAGAGUUCCAAGGACAAAGAGCAAAGAAAUGCCAAAGGUGACUCGAAAGAUGCAAAAAAUUCUAAAGAAACGAAAAAUAACAAGAAUCUAAAAAAUGGCAAAGAGACAAAGGAUGCUCAUAAAAACUUGAAAAGCGGUAAAGAAACUAAGACUUCGAAGGAUCACAAGAAGGAAAACAAACACUUAGAAAAUAUGAAAAAUUCAGAAGAUGAUCACGUGAAAGAGCCAAAGGGUGUAACCGAACAGGAUUCACCGUCACGUAAAGAGAAAGGACAGCCCAAGGCCAGUUUUCCCCUCACACGAAUCAAGAUGAUUAUGAAGUCGGCACCAGAAGUGAACACACUUGGAGUCGAUGCCGUGGCUCUUACAGCGCGAGCAGCUGAAUUAUUUGUGAUUCAUUUAGCAAAGGAGACGCUAAAAACGGGCAAAACAACUAAAGUUGAUUACGGAGACAUCUACAGGGUCGUGCAUGAUAAUCCAGUUUUAGAUUUUCUCUAUGAUAUUAUCCCACAAAAAGUUUCAUAUAAGGAUUGCAUGGACGAAAUAAAGGAGGUCGAACGGAAGCAAAUGGAAGCCAUGGACCAGAUUGAAAUAUAAACGACAAAUGUGGAAGCUGCAUUUCU